AUAAUCUUGGGUACCACCAUGGGUUUUGGAAAGCACAUUUCCCAGCAAACCAAAUUCCUAGGUUUUGGCAGGGAUAAGAACAGCGCCACAACUGCAGACAUCAGAAAUGAAGCUGAUGAGAGCAGAGGUCCAUGCCCAGAGCAAGUAAUGCCAAAGCAAAUCCCCACUUUCACAUUCUUAUUUUGAAAACCCUGCGACCCACCCCCCAGCUUUGAGGGUUGCAGCAGUGAGUGCCUACACAAAGGAAGCCACCCUCUGAAAGCCUCUCCCUUGUGGUUCUGGGCACCACAGUUCAUCCUGCUGCCCUGAGAACACACAGCUCACCCACAGCUCAAAGAGCAGAGCUGCCCCAUGUGUCUGGGAAUGGGUCCUCCACAGCUGUGUUCCAAUCCCCCUCAGAUGGUGUUUUUUGGCUACAUGGUGUUCAGCAUAGUGCUUGGGCUCCUGGCUGACCGCUACGGCCGCUGGAAGAUCCUGCUGCUCUCCUUCCUCUGGGCAGCCUAUUUCUCCCUGCUGACCUCGUUUGCCCCAUCCUAUGCCUGGUUUGUGUUCCUGCGGGCCAUGGUGGGAGGCGGUGUGUCGGGCCACGCGCAAGGACUUAUCAUAAAAACGGAAUUUUUGCCCACCAAAUAUCGGGGAUACAUGUUGCCCUUAUCUCAGGUGUUUUGGUUGGCAGGAUCCUUGCUGAUCAUUGGCCUGGCAUCAGUGGUGAACCCAACCAUCGGCUGGCGGUGGUUGAUCAGAAUUGCCUCCAUCCCUGGCAUCCUUCUCAUCCUGGUGUUCAAGUUCAUCCCGGAGUCGGCUCGGUACAACGUGUCCACAGGGAAUGCAGGGGCUGCACUGGCCACACUGCAGAGGAUAGCCAGGAUCAACGGGGCAGCCGUGCCAGAGGGACGCCUGAGGGAGCCUGCCCAGGAAAGAAGGGGAAGAUUCAAGGACCUCAUCCACCCCAAAUACCUCAGAACCACUUUGCAGAUAUGGAUCAUAUGGCUUGGCAUAGCUUUCGCUUAUUACGGCGUUAUCUUGGCCAGUGCUGAGCUGCUGGAGCGGGACCCUGUGUGUGGCUCUGCAGCCCUAGCCCUGCAGGACUCCAGUGAUGACUCUGAGGAGAGCCACAGCCCCUGCCACUGCCACUUCUUUGGGCCUGCUGCCUACCAGAGCAUGAUCAUCAGCACAGCCGGAGAGAUCGCAUUGAAUCCUGUGAACAUUCUCAGCAUCAAUCUCCUUGGAAGACGUCUAAGCCUGUGUAUUACCAUGGGAUGUACAGCUCUAUUUUUUCUUCUCCUUAAUAUCUGCACCUCAAGGGCAGGCAUGGUUGGCUUUCUCUUCAUGCUACGUGCCUUGGUUUCAGCCAACUUCAACACCAUCUACAUUUACACAGCAGAGGUUUAUCCCACCACAAUGCGAGCACUGGGGAUGGGGACAAGUGGGGCAUUGUGCCGUGUGGGAGCAAUGGUGGCUCCUUUUAUAUCACAGGUUCUCAUGAGUGCUUCUUUCUUGGGAGCCCUUUGUCUCUUCUCCUCUGUGUGCAUCAUCUGUGCCAUCUCAGCAGUGACACUGCCCAUUGAGACCAAGGGCAGGGCCCUGCCGGUGGGUACCACACCCCAGGAGCUCCUGUGGCUCCAAAAGCUGUUGGGGACUUGUGAUGAUGCAGCCAGAAUCCAAGCCCAGCUCUCCUGAGGUUUCUCAAGCCUGACAGCCACUCACAGGAAUGUGCUGAAGGAAAAGCAGCUUGAACCACUGCCAUCCCAUUUGCCCAAAGCUUGCUUCUUGUGAAAGAACAAGCCAGGCUGCCUGCCCCAGCCACCUCAUGUCAGUAUGUGAGCUUCAGCUGGUGCAAGCCCCUCUUUACAUCUCUCUCCAAUCCGAACUUGAAGGUGCAGCUUCUCAGGCACAUGCUCUGCUCUACCUUUGCUGCAAGGAGAGAGGACAACAGAUGCACAGAGCACCUAAAGUACCAAAGUAAUUUCUUAAUCAAAUUCAAGGCCCCUUCAUCAGUCCAUCAGCUACACACUUGUAGUCAGUGUUCUCUAUAAAGCAAUUAGCCAAUACACUAAGCCCAAAGACUAAGAGGGAAAGUUUAAAUGUGUAAGUCACAGCAGUUAAAACAGAGGAGGUGGUGAGCAGUCCUGUGAUUCCAAUAAAUUCAUCUACACCAACAUGAAGAUUUUCAUGGCAUGCAGCAGCAUGGCCACACCAGUCUGUGUCUAAUCAAUUUCAA